AUGCCGUGGACUGGCGACAGACUGGUGAUGGCUGUGUACCAGGUCCGUGGUCUCAAUCAGAUUAAGAAGGAGGACGAGGACCUUGCGUUGGAUUUGGGUUUCUCUUUGUCUACGAAUGAAUCAGAGAGUCCGAGGAUGUGCAAGCUCAUCGGUCAAGAAGGUGAACAACCAGGCCCCGCACCACAAGAAGAGGGUGAGCUGGAAUUGGAGCCGGUGGAGGAAUUUAUGUACAUCAGGAUGUCCGAGGAAGAGUGGUAUACAACGAUCGCACGGUAUGGACCAGAUCGCUACGUUGCUGAAAUGGCAGCGAGAUGGCGGAGGAUUGAGCCUGAAGAAGGGAACCUGAACUCAGUGAUUCCAGCCGCCAUAGCAGCAGAUGUGGAUCGAGAUUGGGAGGCCGCUCCAAGGAUUUUCUUGAUGUCGGAAGAAGGAGAGGAGCUUCAUGUUGGACGAAUGCUGGGAACGAGGACUACCAGAAUCCCGGAUCACGGACCAGAAGGGUUCACUUCGACUUUCCUCAAGGCUUGCAAGAUCUAUAACCUCGUGACGAAUGAGGAGGAGAUGAUUGUGUUUUGGAUGCAAAGGAGAAUUGUCAUUCAUCGUGCACUUCCCGAAGACCAACGUCAUGCUUGGAGGGGCUCCGAAGAUCCCAGACCCCCUGAUGUCGACCCAAGGGGGCGAGCACCACGUUUAGCAGCUAUCUCUGUUGAUGAUUCACAAGACUUGUUACGGUUUGUGGAGGUGGACACAGAGGCUUGCGAUGGUCCGGAUGUAGCAAGGAUGAUGAAGGCAACUCCAGAAACUCUAUAUACAACCAACAUUGAGGAGUUGCUUGAGAAGGUCAAUGACGACAAUCCUCUGAAGGUCACCCAUACAGUUGAUCCUCGUGAAGUACUACCAGUGGUCGACAAAUGGGUACCAGCUAUGCAAGCAGAACUCACAGCCCUGGAGAAGAUGCCAGCAAUCAAGCGCUAUAAAGGGACUGAGGCCGCGGCUUUGAGACGAGAUCCUCGAUUGGUGAUUGAACUGGGUGACAUCUACUCAGCCGGGGCCACCAUUGAUCUGGUAAGACUGUGUUUGGGCGAGGUGAAUUCCAACGAAGGAGUUAUGAAGAUGGUGGCAUGUGUCACGGAUGAAAACUUGCACAAGCUCGUGGAGGUGAUGAAGGACGGAACCGAGCGGAUAAAGGGAUAUGUCCUGUUCUACGUCGAUGAUACGUUGGCGGUGGGACCUCCCGAGUACGUUCAUGGUUUCUAUGAUUGGCUGGAGUCUACAUGGGAAACAAGUGGCAGGGAAGUGGUCUCGAAGGAGGCCAUUGUCCGAUUCCUAGGCUUGGAACUUUCGCUGGAUGAUGAAGGACGGAUGAAAAUCACUCAGCGCGGCUAUGUGGACGAGCUCUUGCGGAAGCGCCAGGUGACCACUUACAGCAAGGUUCCUUUCGUGAAGGAGUGGGCAACAGACGAGAUCCCGAAGGAUGCCGAUUGUUCUCCAGCCUUGAUCAAGGAGGCUCAGCAAAGAUGUGGCGAGAUACUCUGGACCACUCAGAGAUCGCGACCGGAUGCCGCUUAUGCUGCGAUGAUGAUGUC